CACGUGCUUCACACCAGUGCGUUGUUUAGGUUUCUCUGUGUGGUGAAGAAACAGAUCAGUUCACGCGUGUUCACGCUAGGCCUACACACCAGUAACUAAUUUUGUGUCUGGGUUGUUAUAAAGUAAAUAUAAGCAUACACCAGUUUGGCGCAGUUGGGUGUUUGUGCUGUUUUAAGAUGGCGGCCACUUGUGAUAUGGAGCUAGAGCACGUGAAAGACAAGGGCGGAGCCACGUUGACGCUGCAGGUGAUCAACGGCAGAUAUUACCCAACCUUCCCGGCCGAUGUCAUCAAAAAUAUAGGCACUUUAAAAAUACGUGAAGAUGACGUCAUUCUAGCUGGAUAUUUGAAAGCAGGGACCCAUUGGGUAUGGGAGAUUCUCCGCAUGCUGUUGGCUGGCACAACGGAUGUACCCCUACAAGAGAAAGACAUGGGCAUGAUGGAGUUUAUGGAGCAGGGCAUUCUGGAUGAGCUUCCUUCCCCCAGAGUGCUCAACACGCACAUCCUGUUUGAGCUGCUUCCCGCGGAGGUGCUGACAAAGAAGCCCAAGAUCGUGUAUCUGACCAGAAACCCCAAGGACACGGCCGUCUCAAUGUACCACCACAACAAGAAGCUGUGGUCCUACUACCAGUACGAUGGUCAGUUUGGAGAUUACCUGCAUCUCUUUCUGGAUGGAAAGGUUGAUUACGGUUCUUGGUUUGAGCAUAUAUCUAGCUGGAGCGCUGCAAUCAAGGAGCACCCAGAGUUACGCAUCAAGGGAGUUAAUUACGAAGAGUUGUCACAAAAUCCUCAGCAGACUAUACUGGAAAUGGCACAAUUUUUAAACCUAACUCCUUCUGAGGACUUAAUCCCACAGAUCUGCCAGGCGUGUCAUAUAGAUACCAUGAGAGAAAAGAAAGCCCAGUUCGACCUUGACUCCGAAGGCCAGGCUAUCAUGUACAGGAAAGGUUUAGUAGGAGACUGGAAGAAUUAUUUCAACAACGAACUGAACACACUAUUUGAUGACGUCUACCACAAGAAAAUGUCCGCCAUUGACACCCCAUUUAAGUGGCACUUCUAAAGAAAGCUUAGCGUCUAGUUCAGAUAAUAUUUACUUGCAUACAAUUGCAUUUUAUUCCCACUGUUACUGGAUUUCUUUAGGCUUACUUUGUUGAACAGUACUCAAGGGAAGUAAUUGUCAUCAUGCUUAUUACAUACAAUUUUUGGAUGCGCACCUGGUCAAGCUUUCCUAACAAGGGAACUAAAGCGAGAUCAUCUUUGAUCGGACUUGAGAAGAUAAAACAAUGGACCCUACGUUUGUACAAAUAUAAGUAUAUAUUCUAUAUUGACAUAGUUAAGAAUUGCAGCAUACUCACUAUUUUACUGUGUUUUCAAGGUAUGACUAGAGGAUACUUGUAAUUUCUCUAAAUAUAUAUAUGUAAGUCUGAGUAUGCUUAAGAGUUUAUAUUAGCCAAAUGUGUGAUAAAAAAGUUUUUAAUGUUAUAUAUUACAACACAUACAUGUCUCUAAACACACACACACACAAACUCAAAGCUGUUCACAUUUGUAUGUUAGAAUCUUUAUAUACUGGUUAUUUCCUGAAUUAUUUUUUAUUUACACAAACUAUUGUUGUCAUUGUUACUGUACCUUCCCAUUCCACAAGUUGUCAGCUACUGUGUUGCCAAACUAUCUCAUUUUGUUUAAAAUUAUUGUGUUAAUUGAAUAUGAUAUACACUAUACAGGCUUGUAAAAAGCUCUUAUUAAGUUUGAAAGCAAAACAUGAUCAGAUGUAUCCAGAAAGAGCAUCCUUAAAUUGUAGCACAGUUUCUAGACUCUUUACAGCAUUGUUCAUUUGGUAGAACUCAAAGUGUGACAUUUACUUCUGCUAACACUUUGGAUGUUACAAAUACACUAACCCCAAGUAAAGGUCAAGGUCAGUUAUACUUCUGCUGUCAGUAAAAAAAAUAACUGCAUAGUAACAAAGUAUUUAUUUGAAUAAAAUUAUAACUGAAUUGGUUUA